AGCUAGCUAUACACACUUGCACCUCUUUCUAUGCCAUAUCUAUACCAUAUCCUUUUAUAUGAUCCACUUAUUGGAAAUUUGAUAUUAAUAUUUGCAUAUACAAGUCUCUGGUCUACUGUUACAUCCUCGUCUACCUUAUAACUCGAAUCAAGAAGCAUAAACAACAACUUCAACCUCCUCCUAGGAAUACACAUACAACCUCAAAAUGGGCAGUAUCGCCGUGGAAAGCACCGACUCCUCCUCCACCCUCCGAUCCCAGAUCUCUAAACAAUCCACCUCGCCCGCCCACGAAGCCCGUCUCCUCUCACGCCAUAAUCUCAUCACAAACACCUCCGGCCUCGCUCCCAACUACCUACAAGCCAACCUCCUCGUCCUCCCCUCCAAAUAUGCCCAAGACUUCCACGACCUCUGUCUACGCAACCCCGUCCCCUGCCCUCUCCUAGGCAUCACUUCUUCCCCAGGAGACCCUCAAACCAUCACUCCCUCCCAAUGCAUCCAAACCCCGCACGACUUCGACAUCCGCACCGACUUCCCCCGCUACCGCAUCUACAAACACGGCAAAUGCAUCUCGACCUCCGUCCCCUCCCUCCUCGACGUCUGGACUCCGAACCACGUCGGCUUCCUCAUCGGCUGCUCGUUCAGUUUCGAAGACGCCCUCACGGCCGCGGGCCUGCAGCCCCGGCACCAGAAAACAAACACCAUCGUAGCAAUGUACAAGACCAACAUCCCAAUCUUACCCGCGGGCGUAUUCACGGGCGCCAAGGCCAUCGUGUCUAUGAGGCCGUAUAAAGAGCAUGAAGUGGAAAGAGUCAGGGAUGUGACGAGACCGUUUCUGUCCACGCAUGGAGAACCGGUUGCGUGGGGAUGGGAGGGGGCAAGGGAGAUUGGGAUUCGAGAUGUGCAUGAGCCGGAUUUUGGUCAGAAGCAGGUUUUUGAAGAUGGGGACGUUCCUGUUUUUUGGGCAUGUGGUGUAACGCCCCAAAUGGUCGUCGAAGCCGCAGGGGAUAAAAUUGACGGACUCGUCUUUGCUCAUGAACCGGGCCACAUGCUCGUUACGGAUUGGACAACGGAGGAUUUGAACAAGUUGAGACCCGGAUUUUGAAUCCCUCUCUUUGGGGUGGGGUUGUUUAUUGGUUAUGAAUUAUUAUUAUCAUUGUUGUUAUUGUUAUUAUUAGUUAUGGGUUCGGGAUUAUGAAUAUAUGUAGCUGUUUUAUGUUAGUUGGUGUGUGAUGCAUUAACUAUUCAAUAAAACAUACUCUAGUGAUAUUGAAUAUAAAAUGGAAUAGACAGAAAUCAGAUGGCGGUAUCACAUCAU